CGAAGUGAACUCAACACAAACGCAUGGCGUCCUGAGACGAAUGGACGUCUCAAUUUUCCUUUUAUUUACUUUUACGUUAAAAAACAAACUUUUAGAACUACGUAUUAAAGGAAUAUUUAAAAAAAUUAACUAAAUUAAUAAACUCACUGGGAUUAAAGCAAAAGGCGAUUGUGUUCGAUGAUUAAAUAAAUAAAAAAUACGCUAGGAUUUUAAAUCAAAAACAUAUCAAUUCGCUUUUUAAAUUAUUAAACAAAGUUUUGUAUUAAAUUUUAAUCGUAAAUCAAAGUUUAUUGCUUAAAUUCAUUUUAUUCAAUAUCUUAUAGGAACAGUGAUGUGUUAAUGAUAAUGAACGGACGUGUUGUGGAAACUGACGCGGAAAAGGCGGGAAAGAGUGACAGACAUUCAGCUGUGGACGUCAGCAAUGGCUCCAAUAGGGAGUUGGAGAACAACCGAUGGCAACCACCGACAACGCAUGGACUGUCAGCAUAUCCAGCCACGGGGGACCGGUCGACGCUGCUCAAGGCACACGCCGCGAAGUCAGCGGAGUGCAGUGGUCAGAGCUCACCGCGACCACGCCGGGCGCCUAGGGAAUCUCGUCGCGUUUCCCUCGCCCAAGCCUCUGGAUACGUCCAACUCAACCAAUACAGACUCCUUGAGCCUAUCGGACAGGGCUCGUAUGGGAUCGUCAAGUUAGCUUACAAUGAAGAAGACGACACACAUUACGCUAUGAAGAUCUUGUCUAAAAGGAAGCUCAUGCGAAGAGCCGGCUUGUUUGGCAGAACUCCUCCUAGAAGACCAGGACCUGGUCCUCCGCCUGACCCUCUACAGAGGGUUUAUAGAGAAAUCGCGGUGCUCAAGAAACUAGAUCAUGCUAAUGUUGUGAAAUUAGUUGAGGUAUUAGACGACCCUGCCGAAGACCAACUCUACCUGGUCUUCCAACUCCUGGAAGGCGGUCCAGUGAUAGACAUCCCGACAGACAAUCCUUUGAAAGAAGACCUGGCCAGGAAGUACUUCAGGGACACUUUACUGGGUGUGGAAUAUCUGCACUUCCAAAGGAUAGCCCACCGCGACAUCAAGCCGGCGAACCUGCUGCUGCGCGAGGGUGGCGUCCAGGUGGCGGAUCUGGGCGCGUGCGGCGAGCUGGCGGGCGCCGGCCGCGUGUCGGGCGCCGUCGGCACGCCCGCCUUCCGCGCGCCGGAGACCUUCGCCGGACCAGACAACUACGACGGACAGGCAGCUGACAUUUGGUCUCUCGGGGUGACGUUGUACGCGAUGGUGACAGGCAGAGUUCCUUGGGUCGGAACUUCCGUCGUGGAGCUCCAGAGGAAAAUCCUGAAUGAUCCGCUGACAUACCCUGCGAGAUACCAGCCUUCGAAAUCGCUGAGGCAUCUUCUUAGUCGCAUGCUAGAUAAAGACCCAGCAAAAAGAGCCACUAUGCCGGAAAUUAAGGACGACGAAUGGAUUACAGCGGGAGGCAGGGACCUCCUGCCCUCGGAGCAGGAGAACUGCAGGCUGGUAGAGGUGACGGAAGAGGAUAUGGCGAGAGUCGUCACCUCUAUACCUAACCUCUCUACGCUCAUACUCAUCAAAACUAUGCUUAAAAAGCAUAGCUUUCAGAACCCUUUCUUACGAAGUCGCGAAGGCAGCACUUCAAGAAGAGAAUCCGGUAGCGGGAAAGGAGAGGGAGAGAAAACCGCGGCCGCCAAGAGAAGUGGUCUCGCCAGGGCUGGUAGAUCCCUGUCGGCGCCCGGAAAUUAUCUCACGGAGAGACAAUCUUCAUUUGACGUAGCCCUGGAGUCAGUCGCAGAACGAGAUCAGAACCAAGAGAAGGAGAAGUCUCCAGUCAAGGGCGAAGAGGAGUCUCGGUGAUGUACCGGACCCCGCGGGGGUCACUCACCGUCCGCGGAGACCCGCCUCCACCCUGCCCCGGGGGUGCCGCUACUCCCGGCACUCCCCUGCUAGCGCCGCCCACUCCCACUACAGAGAGGACACACAGAGUACAUCCAAGUGCGGACGCGCCGGCCUCACCACACGGAGGAGGAUUGUCAGCAACGUCACCACGUGUGUGACAUCAGAAAGCAACUUAACUAAAGUGUAACCGUCACGGAUGACUGAAGAUUCUAUAACCAUUUCAAAGCUUAACAGCUUUCGUUAUUUAGUUUUGUUUUAAGGCUUUCGUAACUAUAAAGUGCUUAAAGGUAGACAAGUUUACUAUGUUAACUUGUCAUUAAAUUUGUUGACACGUCUUGUGAAAACCUUAGAUGAGGUACCGAAAAUAAAUAGUUUAAAAAAUAAACUAACAAAAUACGCUUUUUUUUACAGUAAAAUAUUUUUUUCUUAAAUUUUUUUUUUUUUUUUGAAUUCGAAUCUAUUAAAAUUUAUUUUCUAUUUUUUAGUUGGAUUUUCUAUAAAAGUGUAUUUUGUUAGUUUUUUUAAACUAUUAUUAAUUUUUCAUUUUUUAGUUUAAUUUAAAAUUUUUCGUAUUUUUUUUUUUUCAUUUUUUUAAUUAUUGAAUUGUCAUCAGUUCUUAAUAAGUACACCAAAUUUCGAGUUAAUCCGACGUUUUGAAGGGGGUCAAAAUCAUGUUCAAAGAUUCCGUUACAUACAUACGUCUGAAGCUAAUAAAAGCGUAUUAAAAAAAAUUGUUAAAUUUUUAUCUGCCAUUUUGAAAUAAUAAUAAUUUUUGGGAACUUUAACGACAAAGGGAAGAUCUUCCGCCGAGCGGGUAUCACUGCUCGGUAGACCGACGCUAGCGUGCGCUUAUCUUGUAUGCGUCCCUGGGCCAAUCCAACUGUGAUGAAAGAAAAGGUUUUGUUCCAAGCCGACGCGGACAGUGCACAUGUAUAGACAAACAAACCGAUGUUUUCAUACAUUAGUCAGCUAUGGUCAGUGUGCUUAGUGCGAGUUUUUUAAAGUUCUCGAUAUCGUAAAAGUUAGCUCAUAUUUGUAUGGAAUGGGAUCGUUUGCGUACGUUUGCCGCUAGGGGCGCUGUUCCAACUGCAUACAAAUUUGAGUUAACUUUUACGCUAUCGAGAACGUUAAGGAACUCGCCUUAAGCACACAGAGCGGAACGUGACCACAGCUUCACCACAGUUGGAUUAACAGCCUAGGAUCGCACAGAGGACAAACAUACAAACAUUCAUUUGUAUUUUAAAUGAUGUAAAAAAUAAGCCGAUCACUCGGGUCUCUGCUGCUGCUACAUAAUUCCAAUAACAAUUUACACUCAAACAAUACUGUUAUACAACAAUUAAAUUAUUUAAUAUAGUAUUUUAUAUUAAAUAGAAGAAAAUCUUACCAUAAAUUAUAAAUUAAAUUAUAAUUAUCUGAAGUUUAUGGGAGCGAUUCGAAUACAAAGGCGUCAGUCGUCGAAGGUGAACAAAACAGCGGUGGCCGGUCGUUCUGUCCACGGACACGUCCGGGCGUCACGCUAGCCACGCGACUGAAGUAGACCAAAAUUUUUCUUUUGACCUUGACGAAGGCUCAGGAAAUUGUCCUUAAAAUCCUCCGUGUUGUGACGUGUCCGGUUAUCAAGAUGACGAAUUAAAAAGAAAUUUAAUUAAGAUUUAGGAUCACAUUAUAAACUCUAUUUCAUGCGCUAAAAUUAAUUCACAAUUUUAAUUAACGUUAAUAUAAAAACACAGAUUUCUAAUUUUUCUGUUAAUGUCUAGUGUUUGUAAAUGAAUUAUACAAAUGAUUGCUCAAUGCUUAUUAAAGUAAUGUAAAUAGCUUAAGAUUUUUAUUAAUAAUGAAAAACUCAGUUAAUUAGAUUCAUAAUACGUGUACAUAUUUAAACUUUUUUAUUGAAUGUAUUUAAAAAAUACCUAUUAUCUUUUUAAAAUACUUUGUAUUGUAUAUAAUGUUUGUGUCAUAAGAAUAUGAAAAUGUUUACUUUGAAAACUCCGAUUGAUUAUUGACUUGUAACUUAUAUGCCGUUCGUGUGCGGAAAUUUGAAGAGAUAACAUUUAUUUUUAAUUAAGAGCAGAUGAGUCGUCUAUUAUCAAAGGUGGCAAUCUGUGCAUUUGGACAAAAAUUUUUUAUUGAUAUGUCCAUACAGAUUGAUUUGAAUAUAAUCGUCUCCUUCAAAGAAUACGGUUCAAAACCUGCAUUAAAUAAAGGUUAAUAGUUAACCUGUUAUUUAUCUAAGAUGUCGUUCCGAAGAGUUUUGUGACUGCCAAUGGAAUACAAAGUCAAUAAUUCGUUUUUCUGAUUUACCAAUCAUUGUCCAAAAGUCAGAUUGCCGGCUUUGAUAAUAGUCGACUCAGAUAUAAUAAAAAAUAAAUAUUUAUAAAUACUUAAAAACGAAAAAUAUUAUAUUUAAUAUUGACAAUUUCUAGUUUUGAAAAGAGUUUUCAAAGUGAACGGUUCUCCUAUUGACAAUCGGCUCGAAGCUGUCGACGCGGUAUGCGAAUGACCAAUUUUUCCCCUGUAUAAUAAGCUUACGUUUGAUAAAAGCUUAGGCAAUUUUCAAUUAAGGUCUGCCCAAUAAAAGACGCCAUGAUUAUUUUGAGUUAUAUUUUCUAGGCAAUUAAAUUUAAUUGUUAUAUAUAUUUUAUGAGUGUUGAUAAGACACACUUUUUUUUUUUUUUUUUUUCGGGCCGGGGGCCGAACCUCCUACGAGGUCCCCGCGCCUAGGGGGCGCGCGGGGUAUGUGAGACUCAACGAUCUGCAGGUGUUGAGAGCAGAUCGCGGGCCCAAGGAUUUUAAGGCCCACCCACUAAACGACUCCCCUGCACUCUUACACCCGGCGUCCGAUCUCCGUCCGGGGUCAGAACCCGUUCAGAGUAGGGGGGUUCCCGCGGUCAACACUACAACCAGACACGCGGCGCCACCCCGAGGACGCCCGACCGACGGGUCGUCGAGGCGAUAGUCGACGACCAACGACGUCGGUCUCCGCGGUACGGCGGCCCUACCAGGCCGCCCGGGCGGUGCCGCUGGUGUUCCGGGAUACCCCGCUUGGCCAGAACCAGCCUGCCGGGUCGGAACGCGAUACACCGCCGACCGGGUUUGAUAAGACACCCAACCUAACUCGAUGAGCUCUAUGAGACACUUUACGAGCCUAGUUGGAGACAUCAACCUCAACGCGGACAUAGGCGUAUACGUGGUAACGACCACGGACUAUACAUAAUUUAUAUUUCUUCAAAAUGUCUCGUCUUCUCAAGACAACCAGCUUUCUGUUGUUUUUCGUCGGCUAUUAUGAAAAAGAGAUAAGAUAAUACCUUAAAAACUUGAAUUUAGUUUUAUUUUACUUAAUUUUUUUUCAGUUUAUUUUAUAUAUAUAUGGGCAGACUUGAAACGCGUCAUUCAUAUAUUAUGUAGGUAAAUUUUUAAAUCGCUAGGAACGGUAUUUAGAUUACACAGGGUCAUAGAAGCGAGGCAAAGUCCCAUUGGCAGUUUUAAAAUAAAAAUAGUCUUUUUAACUAAUGAUUAUACAUAUUUUUUUUCAUUCUUUGAUUGUUCUUAAUUUUACAAGUAAUUUCGAAGCUUAGAUCACUACAUCAAAAAAGAAUGUGAGAUCUAACAAUCCGUGAUACAUCUGAAAUGCUUUUAAUCAAAUUUAAUACAAAAUAAUUGAAAUUCAAGCAGUUCAAGUAUCAUUUACAGUUGGGCAUAGUAAAAAAAAAUUAUCUAGGAAUUCGAGAAAUUCUGUAAGAAAAAUCAUGUUUCUUUUUGUACAAAUCAAUGAUCUUUCAUAUCUUUGUCAAUUGAAACUAAAUAAAUUUCUAGUUACGAUAUUCCGUACAUAAUCUAAUUAUGUAGUGUUGUAUAACAUUAUCAUGAGUUUUCUCUCCUUUUCCUUUUUUGUUUAAUUAAGAAGUGUUCAGAAUGUGAUUCCCUGUCUGGGGCGCUGUUUACUCCAGUAGUUAUUUGCAAGCGGAAGGUCCAAAUGUUAUUUGCCUUUAAAUGUUGUGAUAGCACGUUAGGAGAAUGGAUGCUUUUAAAAAAAUAUAUUAAUAUAAUUCGAAAUUAUAUUUAAACUUUCAAUUUUAAUUAAAAAAUAAACUACUUAUAAUUAUUAUUAAUAUUUAAGGAAAAUAUAAAUCAAGUGGCAAACGUAUUUUUUACUUUUUUUUAUUCAAAUUCAAAGUUUUAUUUAACAUUAUUACAUAAUUAUAUACUUACAUAUAAUCGAAACAUGUUAUACAAACCAUGACAAUUCCUAGGGUGGGAUAAAAUUAUAGAUUUUUUAUUUAUACACGCACAUAAUUUCAAAUAUUGUAAAUUUAAAUUAUGUUAUCAUUGAAAAUAAAUUCAAUAAAUUAAUGAUUCACUUUAAA